ACACUCCAGGCUUUACACUCUGUUACAUCGAUACGGAAUAGAUACAAUGAAGGCGAUCCUUCUAGCACUCGUGUGUUUAGGUGUGACAGCCGCGAAACCGACCGGUGAUGAAGAUGUCGUCGGUUCAGUCAUCGGUGUGGUGAAGAAUUGUGCUGAAGAAGAUGUCUCUUUGUGCCUCAAGGAACGAGCACUCAAAUACGCUGAAAAUUUGGCAGCGGCUAGGGAAGUAAGCAUCACUGAUGGGAUCAGUCUCAUCGGGAUCGGCUCUUCAAGGUCAGCGAGGUCAUUCGAGCCAUUAUCCGAGGAACCAAAGGCCAGGGAGAACCAAGUUGAGGGCAGACUUAUUGACACCGCCCUUGACUUCUUUGAAAACCAUGUCAUUCAACUGAGAAUACCGAAAGGCGCGGUCGAAGAUGUUAAAAGGUCACUUGAGGAAGGCCGUGGAAAGAAGAAGAAGUUGAAGCAGCUCCUUCCCAUCUUCGCCCUUCUGCAAUUGAAAAUCCAAUCUCUCAUCCCACUCUUCCUUGGAAUCAUCGCCUUCGCUGCAGUCAAGGGUUUAAUGUUGGCUAAAGCAGCAUUACUUGCGUCCGCGCUUCUGUUACUCAAGAAACUACUGUCCAAGAACGAACACCAUGAGAGCUAUGAAGUAGUCGCCCAUCCUCAUCAUGAUGAGCAUUUCAGUCAUGGCAGCGCUCACGGCGGUUGGGGAAGGUCACAAGAUGCACAGAACCUCGCCUACAGCGCUUACUCCAACUAAACUUAAGACAAUCCAAAUUUAGAUACUAAGUCUAACGGACCUCAAAUGUUGAGAAUUAAUUUAUUAUUUAAUAAUUUAUUUAAAUUAUUUAGUGAAACUGUACCUUAACUGUUCUCGCAUCAUCAAAGCUACUUAUUACAUUGUACCUGUUUUGUUAUAUAGUACAAAAUAUUAUUUUAAGUUUUUUUAAGCUUUAAUUUUUCUUAUAUUUCUUUUUGUUUUAUUUUAUAAUAUAAUAUUUAUGUUUUGCUUAUCAUGCCUUUUGUAAAUAUGCUUAAUUAUGAAUAUUUAUGUAAAAUAUUAUUUUUGGCAUCUUCAUUUAUCGAUAUUUAUAUAUUUAUGCGCUAUCUUAUAUUUAUGUUGAUAUUUUAUAAAUAUGUAUAUUUUUUUGGUGAUGCUCUUCCAAUAACUUCGCUUUUACUUUUCAUAUUAACAUUAUGAAUAAUUCAUAAUAAACAUGACGUUUACGAGUUAUAUUUUUUAUUAAAUUAACAUAAUAUUAAUAACUAAAGUCAUUUUAAUAUCAAGAAAUACAUAUUACAAAUAUA